GCCCUCAAGCAAUCACCGCCUCAGGAACUGCCGCAGCUAAGCCACCGCCUCCCAGGCUCCACAUCAGACAGACUGAGCAUGCGAGGCACGCUGGCCACCACAACCUGGAUGAUUUCUUUCAUCUCCAGCUAUUCAUAUGCAGCACAUACUUUGCCAGAUAUUGACAAUGAAGAUUUCAUCAGAGACUGCGUUCGAAUUCAUAACAAGUUCCGAUCAGAGGUGACUCCAAGAGCCAGUGACAUGCUGUACAUGACUUGGGACCCAGCACUAGCCCAAAUUGCAAAAGCAUGGGCAAAAAAUUGUUUGUUUAAACAUAACCCACAGCUGCACCCACCCCACAAGCUACACCCAAACUUCACCUCACUGGGAGAAAACAUCUGGACUGGGUCUGUCUCCCUCUUUUCUGUGUCUUCAGCCAUAAGAAACUGGUAUGAUGAGAUCCAGUACUAUGACUUCAACACACGGAAAUGCGUCAAAGUCUGUGGCCAUUACACUCAGGUUGUUUGGGCAGAUAGUUACAAAGUUGGCUGUGCAGUUCAAUUUUGCCCUCAAGUUUCUGGCGUUAAAGAGCUUUACAAUGUAGCACAUUUUAUAUGCGACUAUGGACCACCAGGGAAUUACCCCACGUGGCCAUAUAAGAAAGGAGCCACUUGCAGUGCCUGCCCCAACAAUGACAAGUGUUUGGAUGAUCUCUGCGUUAACCCACAGCGAGACAAAGUCAAACGUUACUACUCUGUGGUGUACCCAGGCUGGCCCAUAUCUUUACGUAACAGAUAUACUUCUCUCUUUCUCAUCGUUAAUGUAGUAAUUCUGUUACUGUCUGUUAUAAUUACCAUUGUGGUAAAGCACAAAUAUCCUAAUUUAAUUCUUUUGGACUAAUACAAUCCAGGGGGAAAAAAAACUCAUUCAGAUAUGGCUUUUUUUUUAAAGCAAUAAUAGUUGGGUGUAUUUCUAAUUUAUAUUUAAAACAUUUCAGAAAAAUAAUGUUGCUGCAGCAAACUCUUACUCAAAAGGGAAACUGUUCAAGUUCCUAACAUCUCAAAUAAACUUGUCUUGACUUUCUA